UGAGUAACUGCGCAUCCAGUGAGAAAAGGCUAAAAAUUCGAUAGACAACAGUCAGACGUGUCACAAUUAGAACGCAAAAGCAAAACACAGCAGUGCGCGCAUUUAUUUACAACCAGAAGAGCGCAUACUAAACCAGAGAAAAUGGCAGAUGAACAACCAAAUCUUGUGGCCGGACACCCACCUGCAUUGAAGGCUGGUGGCAUGCGAAUUGUGCAGCACAAAGCGCCGACGGCGGAACGCGCGCCCAAGGAUGCAGAGGAUUGCACUGGACUGACACAACCCAUUGCUGUGAACUCCGGCUCUGUGAGCGGUGCCCCCGUCAAGGGCAACACGGACUUUACGCCCGCCUCCGCCCAGGUGGCCCACUCGCCCAAGCCACCGGCUGCAGUGCAGCAGAAGCCCCAGAUCCACAUCCAGCAGCCACGCAAGUGAUGCGGACUCCGGCCGAAUAACUCUUAUCAUUAUCCAAUCUCUUUGAUCUUUUGUUGAAAUUCUACGAGUCCUCUCAACGGUAUUUAAAUCGCCUGUGAAUGCGAUAUUUACUCUAUGUUUUAUAUAUGCAUUUGCCACUGCAUUCCAUAAAUUAAAAAUGCUGAUUUUCUGAGUUAAUAUUUUGUAAUAAACUUUAUCCCUUUUAUAGA